AUGUCUAAGGUUGGUGUGAUGGUCAUGGGACCCGCAGGAGCUGGUAAGACUACUUUUUGCAAUUCAGUCAUGUCGUACAUGGAGUCUCAAGGUCGUACAGGUAACUUGGUGAACUUAGAUCCGGCAGCUACCGCGCAAGAAUAUGCAUUUACUAUUGAUAUCAGAGACUUAAUAUCGUUGGAUGACGUUGAAGAGGAAUUGAAACUAGGACCUAAUGGUGGUCUUAUCUACUGUUUUGAAUUUCUAUUGAAGAAUUUGGACUGGCUAGACGAACAGAUUGGUGAUUAUCCGGAUGAUUAUUUAAUCUUUGACUGUCCUGGACAGAUAGAAUUAUACAGUCAUAUUCCCGCUAUGCCGAUGUUGGUGAAGCACAUUCAGCAACAGCUCAGUUUCAACUUAUGCUGUACUUAUCUAAUAGAGGCUCCGUUUAUGGUGGAUAGAGCCAAGUUCUUUUCUGGUGCAUUGGAGGCCAUGUCCACGAUGAUCUUCAUGGAGCUGCCACAUUUGAACAUAUUGUCAAAGAUGGAUCUUGUUAAAGACACUAUGUCUAGACGGGAGAUUCGCAAGUUCUUGUGUCCAAAUCCUCAGUUGAUGGAAGAUGAUGAGGUAAAAGACGAUCAGAAGGAUUUGAUACUUAGUAAUCCGAAAUAUAGGAAGUUGAGUAAAGCUAUUGCACAACUAGUUGAUGAUUUCGGUAUGGUUCAGUUUCUGCCGUUGGACUGUUCGGCCAAAGAUCAAAAUGCGUCCGUCCGUACCAUUGUUACAUGCAUAGACAACAUUACACAAUGGGACGAGAACCAGGAACCUAAGGAACCCGAGGAGCCCGAGGAGCCCGAAUCAGAUGAUGAUUGA